AUGGCUAAGAAGGAUAGGUUCCCUCCUGGAUAUGCUACUGGUUUUGCUCCUCAGUAUGAAUCAGAAGGAUCUGAUAGCUCAGGGGGAAUAGACAACCAAAUUACUGUAUUAAAGGAUUCUACUGUACCUAUGCGAAAAUGGAUAGAUCUGAAUUCUGCCUCACGAGAUGGUUUUACCGUACCUAUUCAGACAGUACAUCUGUCCAAAUUGUCUCCAUUUGAGAGAAAGAAUUUAGCUCUCCGACUGACAUCAGAACUCGAGCAGAUUCGGUUUCUCCAAAACAAAGUUGAAUCGCACAGGACAAAAUUGCCAAAUGCUAUAACAGUUUCAUCAUCUAGUGAUAUCCUCAGCUGUAGCAGUGCGAAACAAAAGGGCCCUCCAUUUGGCACUGCAAAGAAAUCCUCAGCUUUAGGUUAUGGUCCAGGGAGGAAGGGGCGUGGUUGGAAACGGGGUAUUACAGGAAGAUUUGAGUCUAUGGAGCAGCAUAAAACUGUGAACCAGAACUUGGAGAUUUUUGAAAAUUGUGAGAGUUUAUUGAAUAAGUUGAUGUCUCAUCGGUUUGGGUGGGUGUUUAGUUCUCCUGUUGACGUUGUCGGACUAAACCUUCCUGAUUAUUUCAAUGUUAUAAAAAACCCAAUGGAUUUGGGGACAAUUAAGAGUAAGCUUGCUUCAGGGAAGUAUGCUAGCCCGCUAGACUUUCUUGCUGAUGUCAGGCUCACAUUUACCAAUGCCAAGACCUAUAAUCCACCAGGAAAUGAUGUCCACAUCAUGGCACACACCUUGAGCAAGUUAUUCGAAGCAAGAUGGAAAGCUUUUGAGAAAAAACUCCCUAUAAAUAGUGAUGUGUCCAUACCUGAAAAAUCAAUCAUAAACAAGGAAACAGAAAAAGCCAAACUAGUGACCCCCUUGAAAAAGAGGAAAGUAUCUCUGAUGCAGCAUGAAGUGAUACAAGAACCAAUAAAGAGGAAAAUGACUGAUGAAGAGAAACACAAAUUAAGCGUCGAAUUGGAAGCUUCGCUGGGAGAUCUACCAAGUCAUAUCAUCGAGUUUUUGGGAGCACAAAGUUCUAAAAGAGGGGAUGCUGAGGAAAUUGAGAUUGAUAUUGAUGAUCUGGGCGAUGACACACUAUUCACAUUACGGAAGCUCCUAGAUGAUCAUUUGCGUGAGAAUCAAGAUAACUUUGCAAAAUCUGAAGCCUGUGAAAUAGAGCUGCUACAUGAAUCAGGGCCUAGCAAUUCAUCCAUGCAAGCAGACAAAGGAAAUGAGCUUAUCGAUGAGGGUAUUGAUAUUGGUGGAGAUGAGCCUCCGGUCUCCAGCAAUCCUCCAGUUGAGAUUGAUGAAGAUGCUGGGGUGGGAAGCAACAUAUGUAAUGAAGCAGGUCUGGAUUAUAGGAAUACCUCUGACAGAGAAUCUGAAUCUUCGAAAGGUGCUCCAGCAGUAGAGCUGACAAAGGAUCAUGGGAGUUAUGGAUCAAAACUAGAUAAAAAGGCAGGUGCUGAUGGGGUGGUGGAUGGAAAUCAAUCAAUUAGUGGGUUGGACCAGCUCGAACCAAGUUUCCAAGUGAAGCCAAAUUCAGGUGAUUCAGAUUGUCACCAGGAUGGGGAAAGUGCUUCAGUUGAUAGGCAGGUUUCUCCUGGGAAGCUGUACCGUGCUGCUCUCUUGAAAAAUCGAUUUUUAGAUACCAUACUAAAAGCUCGAGAAAAGACACUCAGCCAGGAUGAUAAAGGGGAUCCUGAGAAACUAAGACUCGAAAGAGAGGAGCUCGAGAUGCACAAGAGGAUAGAGAAGGCAAGGUUGCUAGCAGAAGCCAAAGCUGCAGAAGAUGCUAAAAGGCAAGUGGAAGCAGAAGCCGCAGCAGAAGCCAAGAGGAGGAGAGAGCUAGAGAGAGAAGCAGCUCGAGAGGCAUUGCUCAAGAUUGAGAAGACUGUUGAAAUCAAUGAAAAUUCUCGGUUUCUUGAAGAUCUGGAAAUGCUGAGGGUUGUCCUUCCGGAGCAAUUACCUAGCUCAGUAGAUGAGACUAGCCCAGAUCACUCACAGGAUGGGUUUGGCAGUUUCAAGUUUGGGAGCAGUAAUCCUUUGGAACAGCUCGGUUUAUACAUGAAAGUAGACGAGGAAGAGGAAGAAGGUGAACCACCUAGUAUUCCGAAGAAUGUCACGAAUGAGGUUGAAGAAGGAGAGAUCGACUAG